ACAGCAGUGACCUUGACGAGUAAAAGUUCAGCCAAAAUAGAUAACGUUAGCAUGAACUUCAGUGCAAAUAGGAUAAAUGGCGAUUUCAAUACUGCAAAGUGCGUAUUUUGGGAUAAGGCCCUCUUCAAUAAAAAAGGUGGCUGGUCAACUAAAGGUUGUACAACUGGAUGGAGUGAGAAUGAAAUAACAUGUCAAUGUGGACACUUGACAUCUUUUGCUGUGCUUAUGUUACCAAAUGCACCAGAUUUCUCAUUUUCUACUGAAAUAACUUUCGUAGGGCUAGGCAUGUCCAUUGGAUCACUGGCGAUUUAUCUCAUGAUAGAAGUAAUGGUGUGGGAUUCAGUUGUCAAAACCACCAUUGGAUAUUUGCGACAUAUUGUGCUGGUCAACAUUGCUAUCUCUUUGUUACUUGGUCAGUGUGCAUUUCUAAUAGGUUCUGUUUCUUAUGUUAAAGAAAAGAAAAACUACUGUAAAAUUGUUACCGGUUUUACACAUUUCUUUUUCCUUUCCACGUUCUUUUGGAUGUUUUGUCACAGCUCAAUGCUUUUUUACCAUCUUAAUUUUGUUUUUCAUCAUAUAAGGAAGUCAAUCUAUAUGUUGAUUUUGUUUGUCAUUGGUUAUUUCAUUCCACUGCUAAUCGUGAUUAGUGCAUUUGCAAUGUUUGGCGACAAAUAUAAAGGGAAAUAUUGUUGGUUAAACCCUGAGCCCAUCGGCAAAUUCAGUGCCUUUUAUACAUUUAUUAUACCAGUCGGAUGUAUCAUUAGCAUCGACAUCAUGAUUCUGGUUCUGGUCAUUGUAAAACUGAUGAGACCAUCUGUCUCAGAUGGGGGUAAAUCAGAAGACAAAGAAACAAUCAUGAAAAUCUUCAAAGUCAUCCUUCUGCUGACUCCAAUUUUUGGACUGACCUGGAUUAUUGGAUUCGCUGAAAUCAUUAUGAGUAAAUCUGCUGUCGUUCACUAUAUGUUUAUUAUCUUAAACUCAUUGCAGGUACAGUAAACCUAUUGUUUCUGAUCUUAAGAAUUGUUUUCGCUAUUGCCUUAUAUAACUUGUAUAAAUUAAUAAUAAUCAUAAUGUAUUCAUUUUU